AUGUCCAAUAAUGACGAUCUUGCAUCAGCUGCCGUUGGCCAAGACGACCACUCGAAUCUUGUGGAGCGGCUCUGGCAGCACCUUGACGGUGCAGCGGCUGAAGACUUGACGCUGGCAUCGCAGCGCGCGCUCACCGGGGAGGACGGGAGCCGUAUCGGCAGGGUCGCUUCGGAGAUUCUGGGAAAAAGUUCGUUGCCACCGGAGUACAUGCAACGAACGCUCGCAAAUUUUGUUGACACAAUCUAUCUAUCCCAACGACGCAAGCGACCUAGGCGCAUCAGAGUCGUACGGCCCAAGAUAGCACGCUCUUCUGGCGCAAACGAAACGCCAGCGCCCGCUAUGGCCCGAGCGAGCGCCGGCACCAGCUGGCGCAUACGUCGACCACAGAACCCCGAGACAGUUGGCGUACCAGCGAUGCUCGAGAGCGAUGUUGAUCUUGACGGAAAGGGCUCCGCGCCUCUGAAUGCUGACCGCUCUGUUGCCAACGCGCGACAAUCCCGAAACUACCGCUUGCAAGUCCUCCGAAGACGACGUCAGUCCGAGAGCGGAAGUAUGAGGAAGAACAGGCAACCUGCACCAACUCGGGCCCAGAAUCCGAACAACCACGACAACUGUGCAUCCAAGCGCAUUGAUCCAGAGGAAUCUGCAAAGACGCGUUGGACCCCAAAAUACGCCGUAUCAAACUUAGCUGCUUGUCUGCGCACGCUGCACUCUAUCUUGAGUGAGAGCGACUCCAGCCAGAGUCCUCUUCCGGACUUGUCUCCGCCGGACGCUGCACUAAGUUUUGAGAGCUCGACAGAUUCCAGCAUAGUGUCUGGUACUUUGCAGAGUGCUGUGGAAAUCGAGUCUGUGACUCUAAUGGACACCGAUCGCUGGGAUGGGUAUACGGCCCGUGCCAUGAUGCCGCAUCGCGAUCCGAUUGGAGAAUUCGAAUGCAGCCGCGACGCGAAGGAUUCAUCGAGCUGUCGUCGAUCGCAGCACUCAUCAUCGCCAUUGCCGGUUCUAUCUGCGCAGGUUUCACCGGUAACCGUAGAUUCAACGGACUGGAGCAGUUCACAGUCGAAGAGGCAGCUGUCGCGGUGCAAUUUAGCGAUCGCGCUCGACGCGGUAUGCGAAUCCAAGGCGAGAAGCGAAUGUUUCACGCAUGCAGGCAGACGGAAAGCACCACAAUCAGCAAAGAAUCGGAGCGGAGCAGAGAACUGCAUCGCUUCAGGGCAAGUGUUGACUGCUCGCUCUCGUCUGCAGGCCCGACUGAAGAACAGGCGGACCUCCAAGGCAUCGUACUGA